UGUGUGUGUGUGUGUGUGUGUCUGUCUCUCUCUCUUUCUGCCUCUCUGUCUCUCACACGCAGGCACGCAAACACACACCCCGACCGCCCCCAGGGGUUGUGUGUUCCUCUGUGUAGACAUGAAUAUAUUCUUGUGGGAACCUGCACCAGCUGUCCUGAGAGUGCUACACCUGCUGCUGGAGAGCCUGCGCCAGCUUCAGCCCCAGCACCCGACAUGAGGCUGCUCCAGACUCUCCUCUGGCUGACAGGUCUCACCUCCCUGAGAAGCUUCAACCUGGACAUCAGCAGGGUGUGGCUCACACCUCCUCCCCACAGUGGUGAAGGGCCCCAAGUUCGAGAGGUUCACCUGCAUCAGGACAAGGACAACAGCCAGACCUGGCUCCUUGUUACUGGACCCUGGAGAGCACGGGGAGCUGGCCUCGUGCAUAGCUGUAGCAUCAGCGGGGAUGAUGAGAUCAUCUGUCAGCCCCUAAAGGAUGUGCCCAUUCCACGGGGGUCACACCCUCAGGUCUCCAUAGCUCGGAGCCCGGACGGCACAUUGGUGGUGUGUGCUCAGGUAAAAAGACAAGGUCGGCCACAGAGCCUGGCCCAGGAGCUGAACGGUGCCUGCAGCCUUCUGGGGGCAGACUUGGGCCUACAGAGCUGCUUCAGCUUUCCUGGUGUUGAGAAUCUCCCAGUCCAAGGAACCUGGGGUAGAGAUCUUGGCCAAUCCUGCCUGACCCUUGUACCUGCCGCCAGCAGCCCCUACCAGGACCUCCCCAUCCAGGACCCCCCAAACCCCAAGUGCAACAACCCCAGCGUCAAGGGGAAGCGGGCCCUGAAGGAAGAGGAGGAGGACGAGGAGGAUGGGGAGGCAGGCACAGAGAUCGCAAUUGUCCUGGACGGGUCUGGUAGCAUAGAUCCCCCUGACUUCCAAAAGGCCAAGUGCUUCAUCUACAACAUGAUGCGGACCUUCUAUGAGAAAUGCUUUGAGUGCCGCUUCGCUGUGGUACAAUACGGAGACGUGAUUCAGACAGAAUUUGACCUGCAGGAUGGUCGGGAUGCCAAUGCCUCGCUGCAGAAAGUCCUGAACAUAAACCAAGUGGGCAACGUCACCAAGACGGCCUCGGCCAUCCAGCACGUCCUGGAUUCCAUCUUCACUCCCAGCCGGGGAUCCCGGGAGAAGGCUGCAAAGGUCAUCGUGGUGCUGACGGACGGUGACAUUUUUCAGGACCCCCUGGACCUGAGCACUGUUAUCCACUCCCCCCAGAUGGAGGGCAUUGAGCGCUUUGCCAUUGGGGUUGGAGGCAUUUUCAACAAGACGAAGGCAAACCAGGAGCUGCACCUGAUUGCCUCUGACCCAGAUGAGACCCAUGCCUUCAAGGUGACGGACUAUUCAGCUCUGGAUGGAUUGCUGAGCAGCCUUGAGCAGAGAAUUAUCAGUGUGGAAGGCACUGUUGGGGAAGCCUUACAGUAUGAGCUGGCCCAGAUCGGCUUCAGUGCCCAUGUCCUGGGCAAGCAGGUCCUGCUGGGAGCCGUGGGGGCCUUUGACUGGUCAGGGGGUGUCAUGCUGUACAACACAGAGAACCACCAGAUUCACUUCCUCAACGAGACCAGGAAGGACCCCCGGACUACCCAGUACAGCUACCUGGGCUACUCCCUGGCAGUGGUGAACACCAGCUGUGGCGCCUCCUACCUCGCUGGCGCACCGCGGCAGGGCGGGAGAGGAAAGGUACUGUCCGUACAGAGGGAUGAUCCAGCCCGUGGCUUCCUCCCUGUUCUGGACGGAGAACAGAUGGGCUCGUACUUCGGUUCUGAGCUUUGCGCCCUGGAUGUGAACAUGGAUGGGGUCACAGACCAUCUGCUCGUCGGAGCCCCCUUUUAUCACGUCCGCGGGGAAGAAGGCAGGGUCUAUGUGUACAGCCUGGAAGGACAGGAUGACUCCUUUAAGCCGUUGCUGACCUUGACUGGCCGGCCUCAGUUUGCCUUUGCGAGAUUUGGGUUUGCAAUCGCUGCCAUUGGAGAUCUCAACCACGAUGGGUACAGUGAUGUUGCCAUUGGGGCCCCACUGGAGGGGUACUUGGCGCCCCCUGACUCCAGCUUUGGCAGCAUCUACAUCUACAACGGGCUCCCCCACGGCAUCACAAGCAGCCCCUCUCAGUGGGUCCGAGCGGCUGACCUGGUCCCGGGGCUGCAGUAUUUCGGAGUAUCCAUCGAUGGUGGCGUGGACAUCUCAGGGGACAGCUUGGACGACGUCUUUGUUGGUUCUCUGGGCCGGGCAGCUGUGUUGCGCUCCAGGCCUGUGGUGAGGCUGCAGGCUUCCAUGACCUUCACCCCCAGCAUGAUGAAGCCUGGUGACUUUCAGAACAUCAGCAGCCAAUUGUGCUUUGUGAUGGCCCCAGACAGCCCAUGGGCCAGGAAAGGGGCCCAGAGGCUGUCUCUGAAUGUGACCAUUGAGCUUGACAUGAAGAAGCCGUGGAAGCGGGUUCUGUUUGCAGACAGGAGCUCGAGGGCCCAGCAGGGUAGUUGGGCCCCCGGCUGCAGCAGUUUCGAGCUCAUCACAACAGAGAGAAAGACUGGUAACAAGGACUGCUUCUCCAACAUCACAAUCGAAGUCAGCUACCAGCUAAAUAACCCUGAGGGGCAUCGGGAGCACCCCCAACCCAUCCUGGAUCAGCUCAGCAAACCCACAGCACUCUUUGAGCUGCCCUACGAGAAGGAGUGCAGGAACAAGCUGGUUUGUGUGGCAGAAUUAAAGCUGACAACUCACCUGUCUCCGAAGAAAGUAGUGGUCGGGGUUACUAAGGAAGUGACCCUGAACAUUCACCUCACCAACACUGGAGAAGACUCCUAUAUGACCACCAUGACUUUGAGGCAUCCUCCAAACCUACAGCUGAAGAGAAUCGAAAAGCCUUCCUCACCCUCCAUAGAGUGUGAAGACCCCACACCUGACUUCACCAUCUCCUGUGGUAUCGGCCACUCUGUAUUCAAGAGGGCACAUGCCAACUUUUCAAUAACAUGGCAACUAGAUGGGAAAAAAUUUCUCAAUAAAACUGCAGAAAUUGUCAUCAAUGUGACCAAUGACAAUGGUCAGUCCCCAGUGAUUGAGAGCCAGGAGCUUCAGGCCAAGUACGCCCUCGCAGUGGUUCUCAACAAACCCCUCACAAUGUACGUGGACAGCAGCCGAGGCCUUUCGGAGCACAGGGAACUCCAGUUUAAUAUCAGCGGGGAAAAUCCCUUUGGAGCCGAGCUCCUGUUAGAGGUCUGUGUUCCAUCUAAAGCAGGAGUCCAUGAAAUCAUAACCCCGAAGAACACCCUGACCACACAGGCUAGUUCGACGUGCAGCGUGGAACCGGGGUGCCAGGCUUACUGCCCAGAAGGGCCCGCCAAGACGCCGGACCUGCAGUGGCUGCGACUCCGCUGCCCGCUGCCCUCGGCCUCCUCCGAAGUGCGGCUGGAGGUGGAGCUGUCCCCGCAGCUGUCUGGGUUCUUGUCAGAGCUGUGCAUCCCCGCCGAGAUCUCCUUCGAUGAAGCCGUGUACGAGAAUCAGCUACAGGGCAGCCUCAGGAGCUCGAUCACCGUCAUCCUGCUGAAGGCCCCUGGGUUCAGUACCCUGCCCAUCGUCCUAGGAAGCAGUGCCGGGGGAGUUCUUCUCCUGAUUGGGAUCGUCGCUGUUCUUUGGAAGUGUGGCUUUUUUAAGAGGAAAUACCAGACUGCCACUUCGGACAUCUCCAGGAAAGCCAAGAGAUCUGAAAGCUUGCUCCAAGAAGACAAUUAGGGCCCCUCGGGGAAAGUGGCUCAGCUGGGGGCUCGUUGUGGUUUGAUGUCAUCGUUAAGAUUUAACCUUCCUCUGAAACCAUGCAUCACCUUUGACCUGGCAAUACCAAUACUAGCUCUGGAUCCCCAAUGAGAGAGAGAAAGGAAAAGAACCUAAAUGUACAAAAAAAUGUUUAUAGCAGAUCUGUUCUGGUGGCAAAGAAUUGGAAAUUGAGGAGAUGCCCAUCAACUGGGGAAUGUCUGAACAAGUUGUGGUAUGUGAUUACAAUGGAAUACUAUUGUGCCAUGAGAAAUUAUGCCCCCCCCCAAUUCAGGCAUGUCACAUAUUUACAUAUGCAUUCUCAUGGUCUGAAAUAAGUAUUUUAAGAAUUAAAUUUUAAGAGUUUGUUAUUUCCUUGUAAAGGCCUUCAAAGUUUAAAAAUCAGUAUUUCAAUCCAGGUUAAAACUUAUCUAAAUUAUGAGUAUUAACUUCAUUUAUUUGAAAUUGACUCACUAAUACUGGUUACUGGUUUUAACGUAUUAGAAAGAUGCACGCACAAGUGUGAGCACACACACACAGAGCUUCCUCUUAACUAUCAAGAUUAAAAUAGUUUAACCAGUGCUCUUCACAUAGUGCUUCAUAAAUGUUUGCUGAAUUGAAUUAGACUCACAACUUAUUUUCUGUUUGCAGUAAAUGGACUUUAUAUUUGAAAGGGAAUUUGUGGGAAUUCUUCAGAUGUUUGACUUCAUCAUCUUGCACAGCAGUCCAGUUAAUUCUGUAUUCAGUGUUUAGAAUGAAGUCAACUUAAAUGAGUCCUAUUUUGGAAAUAAACACAUUGUUAUUAGGAUUUUUUUUCCUCAGGGCAAUGGGGGUUAAGUGACUUGCCCAAGGUCACACAGCUAGUAAGUGUCAAGUGUCUGAGGCUGGAUUUGAACUCAGGUACUUCUGAAUCCAGGGCCAGUGCUUUAUCCACUGUGCCACCUAGCUGCCCCCCAUUAUUAUGAUUUAAAGACCAGUAUUGGGGUGGGUAUGAUUUAGAAAAUUCAUAAUAUAUGUAUAAACACUUGCAUCACACUGGCCAGCCUCCUUUUUUAAUCAGCUGAUGUUACUGUUCAGAUACUUUUUGUAUCUUGUUGCUGAAAAUAUCUUUGCAUUUCAGCACAUCAAGUUACAAUAAAGUUAUUACUUAUGCAGAGAAUUGAUGGGCAAGCUGCUCUCAAAAAAACCUGGAAGGACUUACAUGAACUGACACAAAGUGAAAUGAGCUGGAACAGGAGAGCAUUGUACACACUGACAGCCACAUUGUGCAUGAUCAACUAUGAUAGACUUAGCCCUUCUCAGCAAUACAGUGAUCCAGGAGGGUCCUACAGGACUCUGAUUUAAAAAAUGCUCUCUGCCUCCAGAGAAAUGAUGUCACAUGAAUACAGAUUGAAGCAGACUUUUUUUAAACUUACUUUAUUUCUGUUUUCUUUUAUAAUAGGACUAAUAUGGAAAUAUGUUUUGCAUAACUACACA